CGACCAGGACGAGGCUGAAAACGCGGACUCAAAGAUGUCAAAAACAUCUGUGAACGGCGAACGGAAGAACAGUCUGAAAUCUAAAGAAAGUUUGAACACAGAUUUGAGAACAAAUUCAAAAGGAAGUUCCGUACAGGCAAUGUCCAAAACCAGUCAGGAGGACAGCAAAAUAUCAAGAUCAAGAAGAAGUAGUAGGUCUGUUUCCUUCUCAUCGCCAUUGCAGCACUUUCCUGACGCUGCGAAGCAGCGGAAAGAAAGUGUGGACCGUUUGACCAAGCGAAGAAGCAGUCAGAAAGUUGCAAAGAAAGCGAGCAACAAGGAGCUGAAGAAAAGACGUUCUUCCUCGAAUGAACAUGUAAAAGGCAAAACUAAAUCAACUACUGAAGUAGCAGCAAAAGUAGACUCCAACCGUAAAGUUUCCAAUGCGAGUAUCUCGAAAUCCCACACCAAAACUCAUAGGAAAUCUUCAAAGAAUGUAGUGAUUCAUAAAACGAAAUCUGAAGCAAAAACUAAACCUGAGGACGCGCAAGAAACGCGCGUGGAAGAUUCGCAGGAAACUCGCGUGGAGGACACGCAAGGAACCAGUGUGGAUGAGUCGCAAGGAACGCACGUUGAGGAUUCACAAGAAAUUCACGUGGACGACGCACAAGAAAUGGGCAAGGACAACACGCAAGAAACUCGCGCGGAAGGCUCGCAGGAAACGCUCGUGAAAGACUCGCAGGAAACGCGCGUAGACGACACGCAAGGAACACGCGAAGGAAGUGACGAUAACUUGAGGAAAACCGAAUCGGAUGAGGAAGUCGUAGUGCAAGUUUAUGUUCCCGACGAAGGACAGGCGGAUGUUCCCGAGCAGGUGACGGAACAGACAUCUCAGGAGUCUGGUGACAAGGCCGAGCAUACGGGGACUGGGAGGCGAAAUGUCGUCACGACCGAGGUAGCGUCAAAUGUUACUAAAAUUGAUCUAAAAGUUUUCCCUCAAGAAUCGAGCGUAAAAAGAGGUUCUUCGAGACGAGCGUUCGGGGACAAUGUCGUGGAGAAAAACCUCGUGAAUAUUGUACCUCGAAACUCUAUGGAUAUCAUCAAAGGCUUCAAACUUACCCCUGAUACCAAAGUUACCCCUAAUAGAUCUUUUCACUCGAAGAGUAACCUUCAUCGCGCUCCGGUCGCACCGAAACCCGGCACGCGAGUCACACGUCGAACCCACCCGGAGGCAAGGGCUAUCAAGGUAUCAAACUUUGAACUACCAGAAGCCGGUCAGGGGGGUGCGACUCUAAAACCCACACAACAUGGUAAAGCACAAAUGUCGAUGCACCGCCUCGCUUCAAAGAUGUCGACGAACUUGGAAAAGGUCGACGAAGGUUCCGCACUGGAAACAGGUUUAUCUUCUAAAGAAUCUGGGAAAUUUCUUACGGCUCUGAAUAUCAGUAAAGCUGGUGUUAAAACUCAAAAGCCGACAUCUUCCGAGACUGAAAAGGAUGAUUUGGUUAAUUCUCAAGAAAAGACGGAAAAGCCGGAGGAAAAUGUCGAGACGAAAACUGAGAAGGUUUAUUUUAUUGACAGUGAUAUUUUCAACGUUUGGAAAAAUGUUGAUAACAGUGAAACUAAUAUGCUUAAAAUUGUUCAUUUGCAAGGUGGAGGAAAGUGUCGAGAAAAAUGGGAAUGAGAAGACAGAACCAGUACGAGCUGCUUCCAAUAAAUCUUUGCAGUUGUUAAUGAAAGCUUCUGGUGUUUGUAUUAACUCAGCCUCGUUCGCCGGCGUCGUGCAAGGUAAAAACUAACUUUAUUUAUACUGGAUAGCUGUAUCCUAGAGGUCCAGUAAGAAUCAUCUCUUAUUGAUCCAGUGUUACUACAGGAGGAAACCUAAACUAAACUAACUUUAUUUAUACUGGAUAGCUCUAUCAGUUCCAAACUGUUCUCCCUAGAGAUCCAGUAAGAAUCAUCUCUUAUUGAUCCAGUGUUACUACAGGAGGAAACCUAACCUAAACUAACUUUAUUUAUACUGGAUAGCUCUAUCAGUUCUAAACUGUUCUUCCUAGAAGUCCAGUAAGGAUCAUCUCUUAUUGAUCCAGUGUUACUACAGGAGGUAACUUAAACAAAAUUAACUUUACUUAUACUGGAUAGCUCUAUCAGUUCUAAACUAAUCAUAUUUAUAAUUACAAGGUACACCGUUACUAAACAAAGAAUCAGUCACAGCUGAUGAUGACGCCACAGGGCAUUCGUCAUCAGCCAGCCUGAGAUCAAACUCGUCCCAGCCUCUUGUACCGUCACCUCCGAUCACGGCCAAACCAGAUAUGGUGUCUCCACGAAUCUCGCGGAUGAUGUCGCGCAAUAUGAGUAAUGGUUCGGGCAAGUCACGUGGGUCCCACGGCUCAGCCAACGAGAUGUCACCAACUGCCUCGAUGGAAAUUGUCAAGUUAGCGUCCAACUCCUCGCACGGCUGGGUCUCGUCACCAACCUCCUCGGUGAAAUUUCUCCCGCCAAUUGACGCCCGCGCUUCAAAGGUAAUGACCAGCGGCCGGAUGUAUGAAACUGUUAACUACAUUUAACCACAAAAUAGUGGUUAUAAAGUAGUUUAUACAAAUGCCUUCAUUGUUUAUUUAUCAUGAUUCUUGAAUUAUUUAUUUUCAAUUUUAAGGCGAGCAAUCGUUCAGAUGAUUCCAGCACAAAGCGACGCCCGCGUACCACAGAGUCAGCCGUAUCUCGCACCGGAAGUGUGGGAUCUAGAUCGAGUUCUGGUUCUCAAACAAAAGCCGCGGUCGUGGAAAUCCGAAGAUCUGGUUCGGGUGAUCUUCGGAUUGACGGAUCAAGUUCGGGUCUUGUCGGAGUGAAGUCCUCAAGUUCAGCUGGUAGUCCAAAACAGACGUUAGUUGGAUUUUAGGAAAAAUUCAUUUUGGUAAUAAAAACUGUAAAACUGUAAAAACUUUCUGUAUUUGUAUAGCAACUGUAGAAUAUGUCCGUAUCGUAAAGAUGACUUAAUGUUAUUUUGUCAAAGCUUUGUUAUGAAAUAAAUUUCUCUUUUUUUUAAG